UUCAGCACCAACACCAGCAGUACUUGUAGCAUGGACAGCUUGGGCGGCGUGAAGGUGAAGCAGUGCGUGGAGGUGACCGACAAGGAAGCCGCUCGGCUCCUGAAGAAGUUCCUCAACUCCCAAAACCGUGGACAUGGCGACGAGGAAUCACAUACGCUUGCGGUGCAACAAGAAGUCGAAACCCAACUGCAGCUUAUUCUGUCGCACCUGCAAUCGACCGGCAGCAGCUAGCUCUGGCCUCUCCCUAAUACAUCUAUUCGACAUCUACG